AAAGAUAUUCACAUAGCAAAAAUACAAAGAGAAAGUGACUAAAUAUGAAGAAAAUUUGACAUUGAAAAACCUUCCAAACUUCAUCACUCCAACUACACUUUUCCCUUUCUAUUUAGAGUGUGUUCUUAUGCAGCCAUUGAUCACACCAGACACCCUUUGAUCAAACAUGUCUAGUCUUGGCCGAGGCGACGACAUGUCUUCAGCCAGUGAUCUUCCAUUUUUAGGCCCAAGAUCAACUAUGGAUCUUCAAGAAUUCAGUAGAAAACCAAGACAUAAUGUCUCUGUCACACUAGGUGAACUAUUGAAACGCGUUGGCGACUCUACUGAGGAACAUUACAACAAUAAUUCCCUUGAACUUGGAAAUCACUACUCCAAUAUUGCUUCUCCAUCUUCAUUUCCCUUUAUUCUUUCCUUUCACAAUCUCAGCUAUAGUGUUAAAGUUAAAAGCAAAAUGUCACUUCCUAAGUUCUUGAGGAGGGGUAAUAAGGACAACGAGUUGUUAGACGAUAACAUGAAGAUGUUGUUGAAUGACAUAUCAGGAGAAGCAAGAGAAGGUGAAAUCAUGGCUGUACUUGGAGCUAGUGGUUCGGGAAAAUCUACGUUGAUCGAUGCACUUGCAGAUCGAAUAUCAAGAGAAAGCCUAAAAGGGACAGUAACUUUAAAUGGUGAAGUUCUUGAAUCAAAACUUCUUAAAGUUAUCUCAGCUUAUGUUAUGCAAGAUGAUCUCUUGUUUCCAAUGUUAACUGUUGAAGAAACACUCAUGUUCUCAGCCGAGUUUCGUCUUCCAAGGACUUUAUCUAAGUCAAAAAAAAAGGCUAGAGUUCAAGAAUUAAUCGAUCAAUUAGGCCUUACAACUGCUGCUAAAACAGUGAUUGGAGAUGAAGGCCAUAGGGGAGUUUCUGGUGGCGAACGAAGACGUGUUUCUAUUGGCAUUGACAUAAUUCAUGACCCUAUUGUCCUUUUUCUUGAUGAACCAACUUCAGGACUUGAUUCAACUAGUGCAUAUAUGGUUGUAAAAGUCUUGCAAAGAAUUGCACAAAGUGGUAGUAUUGUGAUCAUGUCAAUUCAUCAGCCAAGCUAUAGAAUCUUGAGUCUUUUGGACCGUUUGAUCAUACUGUCGCGUGGAAACACAGUCUUUACUAGCUCUCCUUCAAGUCUACAACAAUUUUUUUCUGAAUUUGGAAAUCCAAUACCUGAAAAUGAAAACAGGAUAGAGUUUGCUUUGGAUUUCAUAAGAGAACUUGAAGGAAUUCCAAAUGGAACCAAGAAUUUAGUGGAGUUCAACAAAACAUGGCAAAGGAAAAAACCCUCAAAUAGUAGCAGUUUCUUUUACAAUGGAACAAAACCAUCACUUAAAGAAGCCAUAAGUGCAAGUGUUUCAAGAGGGAAAUUAGUCUCAGGAGCUACGAAUAUAGACCCGAGUCUUUCUUCUUCAAAUGUCCCAAAAUUUGCUAAUCCAUUUUGGGUAGAUAUGGUUGUGAUAGCCAAAAGAUCAAUGCUGAAUUCCAUGAGAAUGCCUGAGCUAUUUGGUAUGCGUUUUGGCGCUGUUGUUGUUACUGGUGUUAUACUAGCCACAAUUUUUUGGAAAUUGGACAAUUCCCCUAAAGGGGUUCAAGAAAGGGUAGGAUUUUUCGCCUUUGCAAUGUCGACAACUUUUUACACUUGUGCUGAAGCAAUCCCAGUUUUUCUUCAAGAAAGGUACAUUUUCAUGAGAGAGACUGCUUAUAACGCUUAUCGUCGUUCCUCUUAUGUUGUUUCACAUGCCAUUAUCUCAAUUCCUUCAAUAUUAGUCCUCUCCAUUGCAUUUGCUAUCACAACUUAUUGGUCUGUUGGAUUAGCCGGUGGCGUUUCAGGUUUCCUUUACUUCUUGCUUUUUAUGGUUGCCUCAUUUUGGGCUGGAAGUUCAUUUGUCACAUUCCUUUCUGGUGUCAUAUACAAUGUUAUGAUGGCUUACACGGUUGUUGUCGCGAUCUUGGCUUAUUUCGUGUUGUUUAGUGGCUAUUUCAUUAGUCGUGAUCGAAUCCCACCUUAUUGGAUAUGGUUUCACUAUAUGUCCUUAGUGAAAUAUCCUUAUCAAGGUGUGUUACAGAAUGAAUUUGAUGAUCCUCUUGAGUGUUUUGUAAAGGGUAUUCAGAUUUUCGACGGCUCGCCUUUGAGGGCUGUACCUGAGCAGUUGAAGAUCAAGUUGCUGCACAACAUGAGCAAGACAUUGGGAAUGAACAUAACAAGUUCAACAUGUUUGACAACAGGGGCAGAUAUAUUGAAACAAACUGGUGUAAAUGACUUAAACAAAUGGUCUUGUUUCUGGAUUACUAUUGCUUUGGGAUUUUUCUUUAGGAUUCUCUUCUAUUUUGCUUUAGUCAUUGGAAGCAAAAAUAAGAGGAGGUGAAAAAACUUUGAGGGACACAAAUAUUUACUAGUUUCUAUUUUGUGUCUUAAUUUUAAUUGAGCAACUUAUUUUUCCUUUGUUUUUCUUAGGCAUUAUGCUUAUUUCCAAAUGUCCAAAUCUUGUUUAAUAAUAUUCACUAAGUUGUAUUCAGAUGGUUAGCUUUGGUUGGUUUUGCUAU